CGCCCCGCCCCUCGCCGUCUGCACCUCGCCCCGCCCCCCCGGCACCCCGCCCCUCCCGCAGACCCUCGGCUUGCAGUUCAGCGCCGCCUGCGCCCGGAGCGCUGGCUCCGCCGGCGCCGAGAAAUGGACCAAUUUUGACAAGAUGUAGUGCUGCAGCGUGCCUGAUGGGAUAUGUUCAGUCAUGGCAUCUGAACUCUGUAAGACGAUCUCUGUGGCAAGGCUGGAAAAGCACAAGAAUUUGUUCUUAAAUUAUAGGAAUCUGCACCAUUUUCCAUUGGAGUUACUGAAAGAUGAGGGACUACAGUACUUGGAGAGGCUCUAUAUGAAAAGGAACUCCCUUACAACCUUGCCAGAAAACCUUGCUCAGAAGCUUCCAAACCUUGUGGAACUGUACCUUCACUCAAAUAACAUAGUUGUGGUUCCAGAAGCCAUUGGAUCCCUCGUAAAACUCCAGUGUUUGGAUCUUAGUGACAAUGCCUUAGAAAUUGUUUGCCCAGAAAUUGGUCGUCUGAGAGCUUUACGUCAUCUUCGAUUAGCUAAUAACCAACUGCAAUUCCUACCUCCAGAGGUUGGCGAUUUGAAGGAGCUGCAGACACUAGACAUUUCUACCAAUCGUUUGCUAAAUUUACCCGAGAGGCUUCACCUGUGCCUUUCUCUGCAGUACCUCACCGCGGACCGCAAUCGUCUAUGGUGCGUGCCGCGUCAUCUCUGCCAGCUGCCCAGCCUCAACGAGCUCUCCAUGGCUGGAAACCGUCUCGCAUUUUUGCCACUUGAUCUAGGUCGAUCUCGAGAACUACAGUACGUGUACGUGGAUAACAACAUUCACCUGAAAGGCUUGCCAUCCUAUCUGUACAAUAAAGUCAUCGGGUGCAGUGGCUGUGGUGCUCCCAUUCAAGUUUCCGAGGUGAAGCUGCUUUCUUUCUCAUCGGGGCAGCUCACUGUGUUCCUCCCUGCCGAGGUGAAGGCCAUAGGGACAGAGAACGAUCACGUCCUGCCUCUGCAAGAGUUGGCCAUGAGGAGUCUCCAUCACACCUACCACAGUUUUCUUAAAGAUUUGAACUUUCUGUCUCCAAUCUCAUUACCCAGAAGUCUCCUGGAACUGCUGCAUUGCCCCCUGGGGCACUGUCACCGGUGUAGUGAGCCCAUGUUUACGAUUGUCUACCCCAAGCUCUUUCCCUUGAGAGAGACGCCGAUGGCAGGGCUGCACCAGGGGAAGACAACCGUGAGCUUCGUGGCUUACUGCUGCUCCACCGAGUGUCUGCAGACUUUUGACCUACUGAGCUGAUAAACACCCGAGAGCCCCAGGACCCUUGCCGGCCUGACACCGCGGCCGCCUGCAGAUCGCACCCUGUUUGCGUCCAGCCUGGCGGAACAGGCCCUCACAUCCUGUCCUGUGCCGUGCUGGCGGGGAGCUGCCGAACUCUCUGGAAAUGUCGUGAUGGAGCUUCCGAGCUGAAAUGCCUUCACCCUAACCCCCCCCCCACCCCACGUUGGAAUAUAUCGUCCCCCAAAUUAAGGACCCUUUGUCUUCCGUGUUUUUCUUUUCACAUGAGUGUGUCUCAUAAGCAAACUAUUCAGUGUGACGUGCCUCCCCAGAUCUUGAAAGCCAAGUUCCUGUUGCUUGAAGAACUUUAAUUUGCUAAUGGAGUGAAAUGAACUUUUGAACACAUGUACCUUCAAGAUACUUUUUUUUUUUCUUUGCCUUUCCUUUUUGUACCCAGGGAACCGUUUCCUCCCAGACAUUAUCCUCCAUGUUUUUACCGAAGUUCUGCAAACGCUAUGGCCGUCAUCCUAUUGAAUAACAGGCACGGGGAGGGGGCCGGGGAGUGGGGUGGGGUGGGGUGGGGUGGGGGGAGCGCGCCCUAGUUGGCAGCGACGUCAGACUCCAGCGGAGGCCCUGCUAGGGUCCUAGCAUACACCCUCCAGAAAGUUACAACCCGGUUUAUAAGUUUUGCAGCACAUUAAGAGAACUUUGUGUUUUUUUAAAUGCAAAAAUGCAGAUGAUAAAUGAAAUACACUCUGGUUUGAAAGGCUAUUUCAAAAUGAUUUUUUUUUAUAUGAGUUUGAGGAAUAUUUGAGGCUUUAAAAGAUCUGAUCUUCUUUCCAGAUUUAAGCAUUUUCUGGCUAACGAGAAAGGGAGAGAUAAAACAUGUCAAAAUAUGUCCUCCAGUGCUUCUUGCUAGAUGGGCUUAUGAUUAAAUUUAUAUUAACUUUGAAAUAUUGUUGUUACAUAUGAAAAACGGGCCCCAGCUACUCGUGCUCCUGGGUUUUUGCCAGGUGAUUCUAAGUACAACCUGUGCCCAUUUAUUUAAAUACCUGGUGUAUUAGAUUCUCUUCAUUUUGACCCUAGAUUUCUUAUGUACCUAACACACUAUUGUCCAGGUACCACUGAGGAAAUACAGAAAAAAUUGUGGGCGCAAAUUCAGCCUUGGACUUUUGGGGGGGGGACCCAUAAAUGGAAAGUCUGCGAGAUGAUUCUCUGAGAGAAGAAGUGCUCUUAAUGGAAGAGCCGCAUACUUGCUCUUCCUUUGGAAGGAGAGCAUUUGAGUGUGGCUUUCCUGCCAGAUGUUCUUCGGGUUGCUGCGAUGCGAUUCUUUUUUAAUUUUAAUUAUACAGAGUUUUCUCUAGCGCAGAACUAAAAGGGGAACCAAGAAGACUUACUUGGUAGGAAAAUUAUUUCCAAAAAAUUUCAGACUUGUCAAAAACUUGGUCUCUGGAAUUUUAUUAGCUGCCCUAAAUCUGUAAUGCUAAGCUCUCGCAGUGCUAAAAAUCCUACACGGUUCCUGACGAAUGUGUGAUCUUUUCAGUCACACCACCUGCUGUCCGGAAAGCACACUCUCUCCCCGUGGAACGGUGAAGACAGAACGUUACCGUGUGUUCCCACUGCAUUUCCACUGUUCUUCCUUCCUCUCGUCCCUUUCAUAACUUGGCCUGGUCAGCCCUCACAUUUCAAAGGCUUUUAGUAUAAUAGGAACUGAAGAUCUGUAUCAAAAUAUAACACCUUCUUUCAUCCUUUGGAAUAAUUGAAGUUUUAGCGUAACCUCUGCAUGUAUAUAAGUUGGCCGCAGGGAAAUGCGGCAGGAAACUUCACAAAUGUGAUUUGGGCCCAAGUGGCUGCUGCCUCUCAUUUAAGCGAUGGUAAAUAUCUCACAGCAUCAUUCUAUUUCGCCCUCUGCGAUCCUGUGUCUUAAAACAGAGCUCUGGAAGGUGAUCACCGGACGCUAGGGAUGCUUGAUGAGAUAAGGAUAUGUGCUCCUUCUGUCUUGUCUUAACUUGCUGGAAAUUUUACAGAGACGCUUAAGCAAGCGGAGCAUCCUCUGUGCCCGUUACGAACAGUGUGCGGCCACCAAUGUCUUAGGGCAGUCUCAAUCCUAAUCCUCAGGGCGGCCCCCAGCCUAACUGAUGGGAAAUGGAAUUAGUAAUCUGGCUUCCUUGGUGCUGUAGAUGAUGAAAAAUUUUGUACCGCCGUCGCCGAUGUCAUUCUUAACACUCUGAUACGCUAAAGGAACGUUGUAGACUGGAGAAAAAUGGCCCACGGGUUAUGUCUUUGAAUGGAGUCCAGAGCUUCACAGAAAACUCUAAAGUUAUUAUAUGUGUGUUUCCUUAAGUAAUGGGUAUACUAGGUAGAGAAAUACUUUAUGCAAUUAUAGGAAUGCCAAAAACAAAACAAAACAAAACAAAACAUAAAGUGACUUACUUGGAAACUACAGUCUGCUUGGGUAAAGUUUACCUCAGUAAUCUGAGGUAUGGCUCCAUGCGGGGCUCAAACUCACGACCCCAGAUCAAAACCUGAGUGGAGAUUGAGUCAGAUGCUUAACCAACUAAGCCACCCAGGGGCCCCUUCAUGGUAAGUCUUUAAAUCUAGGCUACCUUAAUGGGUAUAGGCCUUCUUAUGACUUAGGGCAAAGGAGGUCACCAUUUUACGUGGAGUACCCUAUCAGUGUUCUUCAAAAUGCCUAAGUGUUGUCAUCCCCAAAUCCUUGAUUACGUAACAUAGUGUAAAUGAAAUGUUGCAACUUCAGUGAAUAGAAUACAUAUUUUGAGCA